UCCAGUUAAGCCCAUGUUAAGGCCAAGCGCUCAAAACUAUACAAUUUGCGCCCUCUCUGCCAUUUUUGCCAUGAGUUUACACUGAAAAAUCACGUCGGGUGCUUUGCAUUCUUAUCCGAAAAGUCCUGCCCUAUGAACAAAAGAAAAAUUCGUGUGAAGAAACAAAAAAUACUGUAGUGUGUUCUUGGGCCCUUUGAAUGCUUAGGCAAGUUUGUAAUUGUUGAGAAAUCAAACGGCAAAGAGUGCAAGACUUCCAAACGGCAAUCGAUGCUGGUAGGAUUGGCUGAGAUCCAGUUUCUUCUAUUACCCAACAAAAAGGGCUUGAAUGUUUUCAACGUGGCGUCUGCUGGGUGAGAGGUGCAAAUUUCACGACCUACCUAUAAAAGCCAGAUCUUGACACUCUCUCAUCAUCAGUUCCUCAUUAGGAUUUGACCAGUCUGCUCUUACCUCUUGUGGUUGAUUCCGAAAGCAGACAGAGACACCAGCAACCAUGAAAAAUCCCAUUAGCUUGACUCUUGUUGCAUGCUGCUUGGUGUCCUCCGGUGCAUUAGCCCGCCAUGGUCGACCUUUAGGCCCAUUUGAGACUGAGGGUGUGGAAUAUGAAGGUCGCUCAGCUCAGCAAGCCCAACCCAAGCCUCAAGCAAACGCAUUUGAUCUAUUGGAUCCAAAAUUGGCCCAACAGCUCCAAGCCCUGAUUUUAGAGCGUCAGGGGGGAGGGAGUGCUCCAAGCGACACGUCCAUCUAUUUGAACAAUCCCCUCCGCAAUGGCGACACAAACUCGUCCAAUGAGGUCGACGAUGGGGACAAUCCAACCAAUAAUGAUGUGGAAGCCGACGCUGAUAACAGCACCUCAUCCGGGGUGCUGUCCAUCAAUCCAGAGGUCCUUCCCGAGGGUUGGACUUGCAUGGAUAAGGUUAUGAUGGUGGAAGAGAUUGAAUAUACUGAUGAAAUUCAAUGCACCCACAUCUUGGACGAAUCCUGCCAUGAAACCUAUGAAACCGUUUUCAAGACUGAAGAAGUUGAAGAAUGCAAGGAGAAGUUCUUGAAGAAUUGCUACAUUGAGUACCACGCCGUCCCGCGGUCCGAAAAACUGGAGGUAUGCCAACAGCCCAUGAUUCGGGACUGUGACGCUCAAGGCGACGAGGUCUGCUCCAACGAGUAUGAAACUGUGUGCGAGACCACCUAUCAUGAGAAUGAGGUCGAGGAUGAGAUCGCUCAAUGUGUGUCGGAUCCCACCGAGGUUUGCAAUGACAAUGGCAAGUGCACCAAUGUACCCAGACAAGUGUGCAAUGUGAUGAAGAUGAACAGCACCAAGUUGACCCCAGAGACCGAUUGUCGGCAAGAGGUCCGGGAGGUGUGUGGUCCAGAGAGCUGUCCAUUGACUCAAGGUCCCCGAGUGUGUGCCAAUGAAAUCAAAACCUUCGUUCAAGAUGUUCCCGAGGAGGUGUGUCAUUUGAAUCCUCAGAGAAUCUGCAAUCCUACCAACAAGAUCAUUCCCAAGUUGGAGCAACGCGUCAAAUGCAUCGACGUGCCACGGGAAGUGUGCAGCACUGUUCAAGUGGAGGCUAAGAAGGUCAGCAGGCCAGUGGUGAAGAAGUGGUGCGGCAUUCUGCCUGGUAAUACCAGUGGAAGUGAGGAAGAAGACGACGAAGGGGAGGAGGGCACCGAGACAACACAGGAACCUGAGGUUGAAACCACUGAAAGCCAAACUCAAGCCUCCAACACUGCCAAUAACGACACUGAUGUUGCUACUGAUCCAUCCAUCUAAAACGUCCCAAUCCAUAGUGAAUCCUCGACCGUUACAAUUAGUAAACCAUUGUUUUGACGUCACAUUGACUCUAAUUAUAUUUUGAUGCUUUUAUCAGACUUGUAACAAAUAAGAAAAUGGCAGUCAAAAAUUAA